AUGAGGCAUAGAGAAUUGGAAUUUGUUGUUGUUAACAAGGUUUUCUUGAAACUGUCACCUAUGAACGGGGUAAUGCGUUUUGGCAGAAAGGGGAAGCUUAGUCCUCGCUACAUUAGUCCUUAUGAGAUUACUAGAAGAGUUGGGAAGGUAGCUUAUGAGUUGAGAUUACCGGCUGAGAUAUUCAUGGUUCAUCCGGUGUUUCACAUUUUGAUAUUGAGGUUGUAUAAACCUGACCCUUCUCAUGUGUUGAACUGUGAAGAGGUUGAGAUGGAUGAGUCCUUGUCUUAUGAAGAAGAACCGGUUCAGAUUUUGGAUCGCCAAGUUAGAAGGUUGAGAACAAAGGAUGUUGCGUCGGUUAAAGUGUUGUGGCAAAAUCAUAAUACCGAGGAAGCUACUUGCAAAUCGGAAGAGAACAUGAAGAAGAGAUAUCCUCAAUUGUUCCCUAUUUUAGGUAUGAGUUAA